UCUCUCUCUCUCUCUCUCUCUCUCUUGCAGUCGAUUUCACACGUUGAACAUUCAAAUUUCGAAAUCCAUUGCCCUCCGAAACCCCAAGAUUCGCAUUCGUUUCGAACACACAACUGAAUUUCGUUGCUCUGAUCUUUCAAUCCUACUUCUGUAGAAACUGGCUGUGGAUGUAAACUGAAACAUGUCCUUCGACAAACCCGGUGAAGACACCGGGGUUUCUGGGUUUGAAUCCGAAGAAAUGGAGCCUGAUUCUGAGCUUGAGGAGCUCGAGCUUGAAGUAAACCAAAUGGCUCAGAGGAUUCUUCACUACAGAUCCACUCUCUCUGCUCAACUAAAGUCCUCCUUCAUUUCGUUACUCGAGUCCGCGAGGCCUGUUGCCUUCGGACCCUCGGAGCCGGGGAUAUCUGUUCCUCCGAACCAUGAAGAUGAUGAACAACAAAUCACAGGAGGUGAAGGAACGGUCCUUCAUGACGAGGGUUUAGAAACAGAAAAGAAGAUACAAUUGCUCAAAGAUAAAAUAUCAAGUAAUAUCUCUAUGAUUCCUGCAGUUCUGAAGAGGAUGAAAGACUGUAUUUCAACCAUUGACAAUUUGGAUUCAUAUAAUGGGUCCAUUCAUCCUGCAUUCAAAAGGAGAAAAGCUAGCUGAAUUUCUCUACUGGUAUGCCUACUAGUUACUUUUGUGGCAAAUUACAUUACAAGGGGAUCUUGAGUGUAAUACAAUUAUUUAGUUAGAUGUGUACCCACCGCGCUUACGGCUCUUUAUCCCGACCCAAUUAGGUCUAACUCCGAUUCUUCCCUUUAUGUUCUUCGGUAAGUGGACCGAGGAAGCAUGGGAGAUAUCUGCUUUUGACUGAUAAAAAACAUCUCGCCUUACAUCGUGUUGGUGUGAAAAUGGCCUAGUUCUUUACAAUUGCAAUGCUGAUAUGUAACAUAACAUAUUGUGUAUAAGGUUAUUGAAGACAUUAGUUUUGCAUUUGUUGAUGUAUAAUAUUCUUGAAAAAUGUUGGAACUA